UCUCUCUCUCUCAUCUCUCUCUCAUCUCUCUCUCUCUUCGUUAAUCCCGGAUUCGAUUAAAUCGCCUACUUUGUUGCUGUGUUCGCUCUCUCUCUCUCUCUCUACCGUGCUUUGAGGGAAUGUUCCAGAUUCCGAAGGUACGCCAACAAUUAAUUAAGGCAUGGUGUAAACUCUAAGCCCUUGCUAAGAGGAGAAAGAGAAAGGGGAGGGGGGAGAAGAAAUGGAAGGUGAAACUUUCUCAGGAUUAGGCAGUGGAGCAACUCAAGUGGACUGCAAGGUAAUCCAAUCCUUUCAAAAGAACUUUGUUCAAGUUCAAAGCAUAUUGGAUCAGAACAGGCUCUUGAUCAAUGAGAUCAAUCAAAACCACGAAUCGAGAAUCCCCAACAAUCUCAGCCGGAAUGUCGGCUUAAUUAGAGAGCUCAACAGUAACAUUAGGAGGGUUGUCGACCUCUACGCCGACCUCUCCACGUCCCUCGGUAGGUCUGUGGCCGCGUCUUCCGAAGGGGACUCCACUGGAACCCUAAAGUCCGGUUGCAAGGCCGGCCAGAAGAGAACUCGGGUCAGUUGAACCCAAAGAAGGAUAAGCACCUUUACUCUUUGAUGGGUUAAUAACAAAAUCUAGUCCCUAAAGUUCAAAAACUCAACCAUGUCCUCAGCAUUUCGUUUGCAACAAUUUAGUCUUUGAAGUUUGUUUUAUUGUCUUAUUGUCGGACGGUAGACAACGGAAUGACUUAAUUGGCACUCGGGACAAAACACUAGAAACUGGUUUGGUGAAACUGGAAUUUCGAGGAUGAAACUGAAAUGUGGUCAAAUUUCGAGGACUGAAUUUUUAGUUAGCCCUUCUUUGAAUGGCAUUAGGAUCAAAUUAAUGACCUAAAUAGGGUCGGUAUAGAGAGUAGUAGCUUGCAGCUCAAAAAGAAUAACAGGUGUUGUCCUUAAAUUUGCUGUAAAUCUCUCAUAGAGAUCGUGUUUUGAAUGUGUUGUUAGAGGAUUCCAAAUUUUCACUAUUGUUGCUGUAUAAUUCUUCAUUAGACAUAUAGCAAUUUACUAGCGUUUCCGUUAAUUAAUUAAUAUGGCUGAUCUCAGACCAAUUACAAUGUUAGUUCUUAUUUUUUUGGAGUUUAUUUGUUAACUAGUUGUAGAGUAUCUGAGCAUCUGAUGAUCAAAUACAGUUAAAUUCAUGUUAGUUUCCUGUGAAAAUAUAUUUUACCAUUAUAAUCUCUUGUUGCAAUGA